AUGGUGGCCAGACAAGUGUACAACCUAUCGCCUUCUUUGAGUCACAUGCUGGGCAAGAGGGAACUCACUCGUCCAGCUGCUAUGAAGGAAUUUUGGGCCUACGUGAAGCAGCACGAGCUGCAGGACCCUAAAGAUGGACGGAUAAUCCAUUCGAACCAAGAGAUGAGAGGAGUGUUUCAGGUCGACCAGAUUGGCUUGACCCAAGUCAUGGGGCUCAUAUUCAAGCACCUGGAGAAAAAGCCUGAACAGCCAAACCAACUGUGA